AUGGACCUUCUGGAGUACUUGAGCAUGCUUCCAUUGCGAUGGAAGACGUUAAAACCUCGCCAAAAUCAAAACGUUGAGAAUAUAACCUCACUGCUGCAUGUCUGUAGUGAAAAAUAUCAAAGCGUAAUGGCAACACGAAGAUUAUUCAAAUACUCGCUGGUGAGCGGAAUAAGCGUUGCUUCGUACUUCCUGGGUUCAUACUGUGAACGUCUUAAAUAUGGGAAGCAAUCAUCACAAGAGAAUGAAGAUAACAGCAAGUUUAACCAAAACACACCAAGCAAGUGGCCAGUUUUACCAGCACUGCCCAUUUUUGGCACUGUAUCUGCUGCAACACCAUUCUCCCCAGCUGUAGUUCAAUCCUCAAGCACAUCUCAAUGUCUUCCACACAUUACCCACUUUGGUUUUCCUAGUUUUGAUCAAAUAAGAGAGUUUGAGAACUAUAUUUUAAGCUAUGACAGAAGGAAUCGAGUGCCACACUGGGUAUUUGAACAUAUUACACCUGAAAACAUCAAGAAGAGUGAUUCUGUUGAUAGGUCACUGUCUGAGUUUAAAGCAGAUGAAAAAAUACAUCCUUAUUUUAGGGCAGAAAACUCAGAUUAUAAAAGGUCUGGCUAUGAUAGAGGACACAUGGCAGCAGCAGGCAACUACAAAAACAGUCAGAAACAUGUGGAUGAAACAUUUUAUUUGACUAAUAUGGCUCCACAAGUAGGAGUUGGAUUUAAUAGGGAUUCAUGGAACAAAUUAGAAAGGCAUGUAAGGAGAUUAAGUAAAACAUAUCCUCAUAUUUAUGUUUGCACUGGACCUCUUUACUUGCCAAGGAAAGGUAAUGAUGGCAAGAAUUAUGUAAAAUAUGAAGUUAUUGGUGCAAAGAACAUCGCUGUACCAACACAUUUCUUCAAAAUCUUGGUGGGCGAAACACCAAGUGGCGUAUUAGAGAUGGAAGCUUAUGUCAUGCCAAAUGAAGCAAUUGACAAUGAAGUGCCACUUACAAGCUUCCAGGUACCUCCAGAAAGUAUUGAACGGGCUGCGGGGUUGCUCUUUUUCGACAGGGUAUCGAAAAGUCGUAUUAAGAAAAUUAAUGGCAAACAAAAUUGAGUCAAUGCCAUUUGAUGAACAUCAAGUGCAAUAUUAAAUUAAAAUGUAGAUAAAACAAACAAAACAAGUCACAGAAACCUGUAAUGUACAAAAGUA